CGCAUGCGCGGUACAAAUCGUGUUUCCGGGACGGAUCGGGUAGAGUCGUAUUCCAAAGGAGUAUUCAGAAAGAAGAAAAGUUUCGUUCUGGUAAAGCAUAAGACGCUUUCCCAAUACAGUACAUGCUCCACCUGAGACGGAAAUAACCAUGUAUAGCCGUAUGUGUAACGUUACUGCUGUUCCUCUGGUUGUGGUUGAGGAGAUCUUAAUGAAUCUGCCCGCAGAUCACGUGGUACUGAACUGUCGGCUGGUGUGUCAUGAGUGGAAGGAGCUGGUAGACAGUGCCGCACACUGGAGAGCGCGCUGUCGGAGAGAGGGGCUCAAAUCGUCCAGACCACCAGACGACUGGUGCCUCUUUUACUUUCAGUCUAAGAAACGACGUAAUUUGCUCAAAAAUCCAAGAGCUGACGACUGUUUAAAUGGCUGGGAGAUUGUACGGAAUGGUGGUGACGGCUGGGAAGCACAUGACACCAGGAAUCCAUUUCCUGACAGCACCCUGGGAAUCACCCAUUGCUUUGUAACCUCUUUUGGGUUAUGUUUGAAGCAACAGCUGAUUGACCUGAAGAAAGAAGGCUACAGUCCAGCUUUUAUGGAUCACUGGCAACCUAAUAUUAAAAUAUCAGAUUGGUAUACCCCACGCUCUGACUGUGGCAGUUACUAUGAAAUCUGUGUGAGGUUGCUGGGACAGAAUAAGGAAGUGAUUAGAACCUUUCAGCCUGAUAAAGUUUACUUUCCGCAGUGGAACGAUGAGCAAUGGUGUCACAUGACACACGUCUUCAAGAAUUAUGGACCUGGGGUUCGUUUUAUUCAUUUCAUUCAUGGAGGAAAGGAUACAAAGUUCUGGAAAGGCUGGUAUGGAAUACGGCUCACGAACAGUAGUGUUGAGAUCUGUCCAGAUGAUGAUGCAUAACAUUGUUCAGUCUGAACGUGCCUUUUUACACAUAUGUUUGUACAAACUGACUUUCUAAUUAGGUAGUUAUAAUGUUGUUGUCGACUUCUAAUACAUGCUCAGCUUGUAACAGUUUGAAUGAAAAAAGAUCUUUAAAACAGAAUUCAUGAUUGCAUAAAAAAGGAAUAGACAAAUAUGAUAAAUGUAUUUUAUUUUAUAUAGAAUAUAACAUGUAGACCAUGUGUAAAACACACCCAAAAUACCCUACUCCAAUGUUAUCAAAUACAGCUCUGGAAAAUCUAAGAGACUAGUACUCCAAAUUUGUGUUUAGUCAGCAUUUCUACAUGUAUUGGGGUCAUUCCAUUUCAGUAUUAGUUGAAUUUCAACAAAUGUAAAAUAUCAAAUAUUUUUUUAAACUAUUGUUUUUUAAACUGUUAUUUACAAAUUAAUAUGUAUGUUUAAGUAUUGCAGGCUGAAAACAUUGCAUUUUUGUGUUAUUCUGACCAGUUUGUCCUAUUUUAGCUUUAUUCAUGCAUUUAUAUUGAAGGUAUUUACUUGAUGCUGCUUCCAUUAUCAAAGGCUUUAAACGUAUACCGUCACUUGUUUUUAAGUCAAAACAUUAUAUUUAUAAAUAAACGAGUGGAAAUAGCA